AUGGCUUUCGUUCAGUCUGCCCCUCAGACAAUAGUUCAGAUUCCUGAUGAGCUCAUUUCUCUCUUCUCCCGCAACCUAACGUUCAACCCCGAACAACAAGCCGCGCUUGUUCAGGAACAGACCGAUUACCAGAGGCACCAGCAACUUCUCCAACAACAGAUACAGAACCAACAACCUCCACCACCGUCACCUGCGAAGCAGAUAAUCUAUUCGGCAUCCCAACAUUAUACUCAUUCGUCCCAUGUUGCUCAACCACCCUCUCAGACAUCAGCUCAACCUGAGCGCGAAACCCAGCGUCGCUCGUCUCUUCCUGCAGUAACUGACAUGGUGGUUGCCGAAAUUAUUCUCAAGAGACAUGGCGUGGACCCCAGUGUGCUUACUCCUUCCCAGCUUCAACUAUUCCGUAUAGCCCACGAGGACCAGCAAAAGAGGCUAAUUGAGCUCUGGGCUAUUUGCCCCCCAAAUGGCGCUGAAAACAUAGCGUCACUAGCAUGGAGCAGCACUAGUGUUGAACAGGAAGAACAGUUAGCCAGAGCAAGAUACGAGCAGUCGCAACAAGUACCUCUUGCUUCAGCAGGAGACCUUCAGCAGCUCAACGACGGUCGCUGGCUCCAGAACACUGUUGACACUGAACCCUAUAUGAUGUCUGGCUACGAAGAGAUGAUGGAAGAUAACCGGCAAACGGAAAGCGAAUAUACCCACCAAGCCUCACCUCACAGCGGAUCCAAAUACUCCCGCGCGAUGGACCCUGUAUACCUUGGUGCUGACUAUCUCCGCCAACAACAACAGAUGGAAAUGGCAACACAGUAUGGUGCCUUUGAACAUUUUAGAGGUGCUGGAAGCACAAACGAUGCAAUGGAUGAAAUGCAAUGA